GUGGACAAUGGUUUUUCCCUGAUGGUGUAGCUCUGCAGACAAAUGGAGAUAUUUAUAUGUUUGAAAAACCUCAGAGAGUUGAACUACGUCGUGCAAAUAGUGCCAAUUCCCCAACUGGUAUAUAUCGUUGUGAGAUUCCAACCAUUGAAGUCCAUGAUGAAAACGAUACAGUGAGAGCCACAGUCUAUGUGGGACUGUAUACCAAUGAAGGAGGGGGCAUCUCAAUAUCUGGAGGAGUGACAUUUGACCCAGACCAGCUGACCCUCACCUGUAUCUCCACUGGUGGACCUGCUACCACUGUCACUUGGACCAGAGACUCCACCACUGUCACCCAAGGAACUGAGAGUGCGCUGAAUGACCCAGUGACUGCACAGUACACCCACACUCUGACUGUGACUGCUUUGGGAACAUACACAUGUACUGUGUCUAAUGACAAGCCCUCUACUGCAUCAGCUAAGAUCGCAUUAGGUCCAUCUGAUGUGACAGCAGUCCAAGAUAGUCCUACUAGCAUCGGAGUUAGCUGGACUCCUCCCUCACAACCGGUUGGUAUCACUGGCUAUCGUAUCUCUUACACUGGAGGAAGCAGUGUGAAUAUUACUGGUGAAGAUAGCUACAGACUAACUCAACUUACUAAUGGAGAGACCUAUACCAUUACUAUAAGAGCCACAUCAACGAUUUUAAGUGAAAGUGUUCAUAGAGCUGAUGUUCCUUUGGUUCCAUUUCCAGCUCCAUCUCUGCAAGAAUCUUCAGUCACUGACACUACUAUAACCAUCACUGGUAGUGUUCCCACUGGCUCAGUGGUGACUGGCUUUAUUGUCCAAUGGGAAAGAGACAUGUCAAUUGGAUGUUCCAAUAGGAAUCAGCGAAGUUUUGCUGUGAAUCAAGGUUUUAGUGGUUCAUACAGAAUAACUGGACUAGAGCCAGGGAAUAGGUACACCAUUACUGUGACAGUCUUCAAUGCAGCUGGCAGUGGUCCAGUCAGUAAUGCUGUAACUGCAACAACUAUGGAGACAGAUCCUACACUAGGUCCCACCUCAGUCAGAAUUGGUACAGUCACUGCCAGUAGUAUAACUGUCCAUUGGGGAGAGGUGUCUUGUCUUGACCGUAAUGGAGAGAUAACUGGCUACAGAGCACAUGUGAGAAAUGGAAUGGCAGAAGGAACUGCUAGUGUUGGUGGCAGUGCUAGACAGGCUACAAUCUCUGGAUUGUCUCCA